CGCAGCCCCUUUUCGCGAUCGUAACGAGCGAUCGGGUGAUCGACCCGCUCGCGCAGGAUCUUCCGCUUUCGUUCGCGGAUCCUCAUACUUGUCGGACCGACUCUCCUCGCGCGAACCGAGAAGGAGGCCCGUGUGCCAGCCACGUUCCGUGCCGAGGCCGUGACGAGGGACCGAGGAGCCAAGUGCCGACCGGGACCGUGACGUGGGAUCCAGGGAGAGUACCGGUGAGGUGGCCCUCGAGGGAAAGUCUAUUGUAAAAGCCGCGUGCUUCCGAGGGGGUUAGCUCGCGCUCUGGCAUCGCGCCGCGUUCGUUUUAGUGUUUCGGGCUAUCGGGCGCCCGCUCCAAGAGGGAGUCGGCGCCGGCCAUUUCGUGUCGCGAGCGGAUCGGCGGUGCCAAGCGCGGGGGCUCCCGGGGAACGGCCGUGGGCUUAUCGGGCGACCGUAGCGGGCGGGUAUCGGGUACUGCGACCUCGGAGGGGAGCGUAGAACGGGCGCCCCGUGCGCCGUUGUUCGAGCGGGCGCCUUUUGGCCUGCACCGGGGAAUUCUUUCGCGGCGGACCGGCACGCCGGGUGUCGGCCGCGAAUCCCGUGUCGCGGGCGUGAGCAGCCUCCCGCGGGGAGGCUCGAGAGACCGACGGAUAGCGAAUUCGCCUCAGCGGAGGCCCCUUGCCUAUUCUUUUUGUAUCCGAAACAUUAAACCGCCUAUGUUACUCUCAGAACCCGUGUCGAGAUUCUUUUGGUGUGUUAGUCUAAGCGUGCGUGUGUCGCGUCCCGUCCCGACGUCCCGUUCCCGCCGGCCCGAAAUUACGGGAUCCUGCCACUCUGCCGACGGUAAAGAGCAGCCGGCCCUUGUCGCGUCGAGGAGGCGGAUUCACGGCGCGCGUCAUGCGGAUCGACGCCGCUGUUCCCAUACGUGGAGUCGUCUCGCGGUAUAAAUUCGACGCCGCCCGCGAGCGCAUCUGGCGCGCAGCUUUGCCUUCGUUCUUGGGCCUUCGCUUUGUCCGUUCCGGCGAGCAGCCUGGGACGGCGACGGCCGCGUAGCGGCCGCCGAAGCCGCCUCUUUCUUCGUCGCGCGCGGCGAAUAUAAGAAAACGCGUGACAAUAUAUAUGAUAUUUUUAAUUCUUUGAUGUAAGUUUAUUUAAUUUUGCGCACCACUAACAGCGCUAGACUCGCACCCGCCGCUGCUCAUUAAUUUCUUGAUCAUUGUCACGAGUCUUUUUAAUUUGAAUAUACGCAGGCUGAAACAAUGCGUUACCAUACUAAUAUCAAUAUUCUUUCCUUUUUCAACUUCGUCGCUCUCACAUUUGGCCCGUACGCCACUAUUUUACUGAAGGACUGGAUCAGAUUUAAUAAGAUCUACAUUAGAAACACACUAAAAGAAAAAUUUUUACGAUUUUGUAUAACUCAUAACAUUGUUCCGACACAUCUUCACCGUAUUUAUAAAUUCAAACUUGAACUUCAUCAUCCGAAAUUUAUAGCCAAGUUUAAUCACAACAUAAACAGUUUUGCCAUAAAAUUGCUAAGGUUAGAACUAAAUGACACUUGUAGACAAAUCAAUCACUCCAGAACUGAGAUCUUUCGUCUGGCACGCAACAUCUCACAUCACCUACCUCACGAUAUUUGCAAUUCUUUCUUCUAUAGACAAAAUAGAUCGUUACAUUACUUUUCCAUCUCAAAACGCGAUAUUCUCGAUAAGAAAAUUUCAAGGCUGCUACAAAAAAACACAAAGGAAAAUAUAAAACGGAUUCAACCCGUGCACUAUUACGGCACGAACCGUCCAAAGACACAUAAAAACCCUCCGAACAUUAACCUUGAAGAUGAGAGCGAUAAAAAUAAUGGUUUCAUUUUUUUCUUCAAUCCGUUCAAAUCGACAGACACAACAUCACACGAGACUUUCCUUAAGGGGGUAGUACACUCUGGAAAUUUCGAAAAAUCGAUUUUUUUAUUGCAUAUUUUGAAAGUGUUAUUCUUUACGUGUAUUUUAAACCCUUGCCGAUUGCAAAAUUCCAAAAAGUGACGAAGUUAUAGCCAUUGGAGCGAAGUAGUGUCGGCCGCCAAACCGGUCUGAGGCGCCGCCGCUCGAUAUUUACGAGAAUUAUACCUGCUGCAGACCCUUCUCUCGUUCGUAUUGUAUAUUCUAUGGUAUAUUUCUAUGUGUAUAUUCUGUGUCCAUUUCUUGUAUAUAUUUUUUCAAUGCCAGAAGGGAACUAGCAUUUCACAGUCCGUUUGACAGUAUACAUCGCGUGAGUCUAACGAAAAUAAAAUACCGAAGAGAGCAAGUGCAAGUUGCAAAGGUUCCAGAAAUACUGAGGGAAGAGCUUGUAGACUGAAAAAAAGGAAACGUCCUUUGAAUGCAUCUGAGAAGGAGCAAGAGACAGCCAGUACCAGUACAUCAGCGAAAAAAUUACAAGAUCGGGUGAAGGAUGUAGAAAUUGACGCAAAAUUCGGCUAUAGAAUUAUAAACUUUGUAGCAGUCUUCUCUGCAAUUAGUGACCAUGUGAAGUGCUCAACUUGUGGAGGCAAAGUGGAAUUUUUGGAGUCAAGUAUUCGUGGACUCGGUUUUAAAAUACUAAUAACGUGUAAUGCGUGUGAACCGCGAGGAGUAUUAUCCAGUCCGCUUAUCGAUGGUCAUGCUUACGAUAUUAACAGGCGCAUUACUUUUGCUAUGAGAUUACUUGGACAAGGAUUAGCGGGAAUAGAAAAGUUUUGUGGUAUAAUGGAUUUGCCGAGACCAGUUUUUGGUAACUCAUACGUAUAUGUGCAAAAAAAUAUUUCCUGUGCAGCGAAAGCUGUAUGGGAAAAUAUACGAAAGAAGGCAGGAGAAGAAGAAAAAUGCUAACAUCGCAAGCGGAAAAUUGUGAACAACCAAAUGGUCUAAUUGUGUCUGGAGACGGAACAUGGAAAAAACGAGGCUUUUCAUCAUUGUAUGGCGUCUGUACUGUAAUCGGCCAUUAUUCCAAAAAAGCACUCGAUGUUGAGAUAAAAUCAUCUUACUGUAAGGCUUGCGUUUACUGGGAAAAACAAAAGGACACCGAAAGCUAUGCACAGUGGAAGGAAACGCACGAUGCUGAAUGUUUUGCCAAUCAUACAGGAUCUGCAGGGAAGAUGGAAGUUGAUGCUAUCGUGGAUAUUUUUCGACGAUCUUUCGUGGUUCAUGGAAUAAAAUACUUGUUUUACGUUGGAGAUGGAGAUAGCAAAACUUUCGCUGGAGUCUUGAAAUCGAAACCAUAUGGUGAUAAUGUACUUGUACAGAAAAAAGAAUGUAUUGGCCACGUCCAGAAACGUAUGGGUACUCGACUUCGCAACGUUAAAAAAGCAAAUAAAGGCCUUGGAGGGCGAGGAAAAUUAACAGGAAAAUUGAUCGACGAAUUGACAGUUUAUUAUGGUCUUGCAAUUCGAAGACACUGCAAUUCUCUUGAGGAUAUGAAAAAAGCGAUCUGGGCAACGUUUUACCAUAAAAUUUCAACGGACGAGAAUCCACAACACAAUUAUUGUCCUACAGGAGCCGAUUCUUGGUGUACAUUUCAAAAGGCAUGCGCAGAAGGAAAAUUAAACGAAUAUCACCACAAGCCAGCACUUCCUCAAGAUGUUCGAGAUGCAAUUUUACCAGUGUAUGAAGCACUCAGCACGGACGAUUUACUAAAUCGAUGCCUGGGAGGCUACAAUCAAAAUUCUAAUGAAAGUGUAAACUCCGUCAUAUGGAAAAUCGCGCCAAAAAUAUCAUCCGAGGAUGCUGAGGUCGUCGAAAUAGCAGCAUAUAUUGCCUGCAGUACAUUCAACGAGGGAGCAAUGGCAUAUCUAAAUGUUAUGCAGAUGUUGAAUUUAAAAAUUGGCGACAAAGCACAUCAGUGGUGCAUGUAUGCUGAUCAACAUCGCGUCAAUGCUGCCGAUCUUCGAGCGCAGGAAAGCACGCGAGAGGCAAGAUCUGCUCAUAGACUUGAGAGAUUGGCUGCAGAGGACGUUUUAGCCGAUGCAGAAGGGCUGCAAUAUGGUGCAGGAACAGCAGAAUAAUGGUAUGAUGAAAUAAUUAUCACUUUAUCUCAUAGAAAACAGUUGCCAAAACUUUAAACGCGCUUAUCUCAAAACGCUUUUUUUUUUAAACGGUGUACGUGAUUCCGAACGUACUUUUAUUCCGGCUGUCUUGGCCUUUGGCUUACAUCUAUGUAUAUAACAGCACAAUGCUCAUGCUGACGUAGAGUUUUUUGUCCCCCGAUGAACCAUGUGUUAAUAACAAUAAAAAACCGUUGGUUUUUUUCGGUACAAAAUGAACUUCUUUUUGUUAAGUGCUAUAACUUUCACAAUUUUUAACAUUUUUACAAUUUUCGAACGUCAACUUGUGGGGAAUACAUUUAAAUUUAAUCCCCUUUUUGCGUUUUUUAUUUCAGGCACGCCGUACAGGAGCUACUACGUACACCGUAGUCGAGCGCGCGCGCGCGAGGGCUCUGCGAGAUGACUCAUAACUCCUACAUUUCUUAAAAUUUUUCCAAAUAAAAAAUACUGUAAAUGCACCUAAACAUGUACUUCAAUAUCGUAUUAUCGUAAUAUACACCAUGAACCUGAUUGGCCUACCACUUUGUCACAAAUAAAAAAUCCUGAAAUUGACCCUCAUUUUCGGCCGCCAGAGUGUACUACCC